CGGAGACGCGGCGGGCGGCGGCGGGCGGAGGCGACCGGGCCGCUGAGGUACGAGGGGAGGAGCCCGCACAGCCGCCGCCGCCGCCGCCUCUGCCGCUGCCGCCCGCGAAGAGCAUGUCUGCAACUCGAGCCAAGAAAGUGAAGAUGGCCACCAAAUCAUGCCCCGAGUGCGACCAACAGGUAGCUGUUGUAUGUAAAUCUUGUCCCUGUGAUGAUGUAUUUAAUAGGAAGCAUCUGAAAAUAAAACACUCGGAGAAAUCAUCACCUUUUACAGGUCAGAUCCGACGUCCGUUACUGUCCAGCCCCGCCCACGCCACGCCCCCACGCCGUGAGAGGCGAAGCGUCCCGCCGGACGAGCCCCACCAUCUAACUCUCGUGAAAAGUCUCGACGCGUCCGAAGACCAGCGGGGUGUUGCCACGCCAUCCGUCGUGGGAGCCCGUGUCGCGCGCCUCGCGGCGUAGGCGCUAGGGACCGACGCCCACUGCGGGCGGCCGCCUCGCCACACCCCCUGCCUCGCUCUCCCUCCGCCCCCUCGGCGCGCAGGCUCCGUGUGAGCUCGCGCACGCGCACGUGCGCGGCACCCACCAGAGCCUCGGUGUGGCCGGCGGAGACGCGGCGGGCGGAGGCCGGGCCGCCGAGGUACGGGGGGAGGAGCCCGCACUGCUGCCGCCGCUGCCGCCGCCGCCGCCGCCGCCGCCGACUCUGCCGCUGCCGCCCGCGAAGAGCAUGUCUGCAACUCGAGCCAAGAAAGUGAAGAUGGCCACCAAAUCAUGCCCCGAGUGCGACCAACAGGUUCCUGUUGCAUGUAAAUCAUGUCCCUGUGGUUACAUAUUUAUUAGCAGAAAACUUUUAAAUGCAAAACACCCAGAGAAAUCAUCAUCUUCUACAGAAAACAAACAUGAGGCAAAGAGGAGACGAACAGAGAGAGCUAGGCGGGAGAAGAUAAAUUCUACAGUUACUAAGGAUUUAGAAAACAGAAAGAGAUCUCGAAGCAACAGCCAUUCAGAUCACAUCAGACGCGGAAGAGGAAGACCUAAAAGUGCAUCUGCCAAAAAACAUGAGGAAGAAAGAGAGAAACAGGAAAAGGAAAUUGACAUCUAUGCCAACCUCUCUGAUGAAAAGGCUUUCGUGUUUUCAGUUGCCUUGGCAGAAAUAAAUAGAAAAAUUAUCAAUCAAAGACUUAUUCUCUGAUACUUGUCUGCAAACUGUGUUGAAACUUCCUUCAGGAUUACAUCAGCAAAUUCUCAAACAAUUAAGGACUCUCAGGAGCAUUCUGACUGCAUCAAUACAGGCCAUUGAUUUUUUUUCCCCAACCCCUGUCAUUUAGCCUGUGCCACUCACUGGGAGCAAAGCUGGCUUGGACUGUUCUGAGAUUUCCUUGUUUGCCAAGGAGGAUUGUCAGUGUUUCGUGUUUGGGAUAUAAGUUAGAGUAUUUACCGGAAAAAAAAGUAAAAGAAAAUGAAAAAAAAAAAAGAAACCAAUGACUGUUAAAGGAUGAAAGGGUGGGACUGGGAAUAUGAAAACUAGGGGAAAUAGAUGCUUCAUAGUUUUCAGGUUUGCCACCAGAGAUGCAAUAUUUUAAAUACUUUCAGAAAGAGUGACUUUUAAAAAUAUAUAUUUCAGAUUUUCAGCACUAACAGUGCAUAUAUAAUUUACUUUUAAUUGGCAGUUGGUAUUUUAUUGAAUGGGGAAUUAAGAAUAUAAACUAUAAAAUUGUCUUAAAUUUUUUUCUUGGCCUUUAUUUUUAUGACUUAAGGUAUGUGUUAUAUUUUAGGAGAUACUUUCUAGACAGUUUGGAAGUCUGGGUGCUAUAUGAAGAAAAACAUUUAAGGAUAUAUCAUACUUCAGAUAUAAACACAUUGUUUUCUUGAAUGUAAUUUAUUUAUUGGUUAAAAAAAACCUUUUCUGCUCUCAAGAUGGUGCCUGUUAACCUAAACAUAAAAUAUAUUUAUUACAUGCAAAAUAUUUCUUAGCCACUUUUAAGCAGUAAUGUUUAUCUGAAUGGAUGUUUGUUUAUACAUCCUGAUAAUUAUUUAAAUUGUUACUUAACCUCACUCUGGAAGGAAAAAUAAACCUUAAUAUUGAAACGAA